UUUUUGCAGCUCUAGUAUACAAAUUGGCGAAUUGUUGUGUGGUGUGAAAAUUCAUAUUUCGCAAAUAAAUUAUUAAACCUUGUCAAUAAGUUCCUACGUACAGAGCACAAACGAGCUUAGCCCCGCCUCAAUUACAUAUCCACCGAAUUCACACACCGAACCAGCACCAAGGGUAGUUUUUCAUCUCGCGCGAGUGAGUCACUGGCCAGAUUUCCCCACCCAAAAAAAAAACAAAACAGCCGUCUUGCCUCGCAACCACUUGCCAAGCUCAAGUUCAAGUGAUCUCACCAGAUAGACAGUUCCGAAAUGGCCGCCGUGGAGAAUGCCGAGCCGCGCACUGAGCUCCAGGAGCUGCAGUUUAAGUCCGGCCAGGUGGCCGAUGAAUCCCUGGAGAGCACGCGUCGGAUGCUCGCCCUCAUGGACGAGAGCAAGGAGGCGGGAAUCCGCACGCUGGUGGCCCUGGAUGACCAGGGCGAGCAGCUGGACCGGAUUGAGGAGGGCAUGGACCGAAUCAACGCGGACAUGAGGGAGGCGGAGAAGAACUUGAGUGGCAUGGAGAAGUGCUGCGGCAUCUGCGUGCUGCCAUGGAAGAAGGUGAACAUCAAGGACGACGGCGAGAGCGCCUGGAAGGCCAAUGACGAUGGCAAAAUCGUGGCCAGCCAGCCGCAAAGGGUCAUCGAUGAGCGGGAACGCGGCGGCAUGGGUGCUCCACCGCAGUCCGGCUAUGUGGCCAGGAUCACGAACGAUGCGCGUGAGGAUGAGAUGGACGAGAAUCUCGGGCAGGUGAACUCCAUGCUGGGCAACCUGCGCAACAUGGCCCUGGACAUGGGCUCCGAGCUGGAGAACCAAAACAAACAGGUGGAUCGCAUCAAUGCCAAGGGCGAUGCCAACAACAUUCGCAUGGACGGCGUGAACAAGCGCGCCAACAAUCUGCUCAAGAGUUAAAUAUGCACAACGGCCACGUCCCGAAACCAUACCGAACAUGAACAGACACCACCUCCAUUUCAAUGUUGUUAGGGAAGGAAACCAAUGUUGUGGGCACAAACCGUAGCUGGUGGUAUUGCGUUAUUUAUACCAUAUAUUAUACACAUAUAUACAAG